AUGGAAGCUAUUAUUGAAGCAGCUACGGAAGCCAACAUUCAUCAAUUUAUUCAGCAACUACCUAUGGGCUAUGAAACGAAAGUGGGCAUGAAAGGAAAUUUAUUGUCAGGUGGCGAAAAGCAACGUAUUGCCAUCGCUCGAGCUUUUCUUCGACAACCAAAAAUAUUACUCUUAGACGAAGCAACUAGCGCCAUGGAUGUAUACAAUGAACAAAUCGUGCAAAAAGUUCUUGAGCAAGCACGAGUAAAAGAUCCAAAUAGGACAACGCUCACAAUUGCUCAUCAUAUCUCAACGAUUCGUUCAUGCGAUUCUAUAUGUGUACUUCACGCAGGACACUUGAUUGAAAGCGGUCGUCACGAGGAGUUGAUGCAACGGCAAGGAGCCUACUAUAGAAUUGUAACUUCAAACAGUUCCCAAAGUUAA